CUCUGCCUGCAGUGCCCUGGCCCCUGUGUCAAAAUGUGGCGGAGGGUUUGCGCGGCCCUGCCCUCCCGGCGGAAAUUAUCCUCCCUGGGUGAUGGCAGCCCCCCGGGGCGGCGCCACGCCACCACCGGCGCCUGUCUGGAGUACUCGGAGAACGGCGACCCCGAGAAGGUGGUGGCGAGGCGCGAGGUGCCCGUGCCGGCGCCCCGCGGGGACCAGGUCCUGAUGAAGAUGUUGGCAGCACCAGUCAACCCUGCAGAUAUCAACACCAUCCAAGGGACAUAUGCAGUGCAGCCGCCUCUCCCCUCCAUCCCAGGGAAUGAGGGUGUUGGGGAGGUGGUGGCCGUUGGGGACGGGUACGCUGGCGGGCUGCAGCCAGGAGACAAGGUCAUUCCCCGCGUCAAUGCUCUGGGCACCUGGAGGACACACAUCAUUGCUCCAGACACCGAUCUCAUCAAGAUUCCUUGUGAUGCUGAUCUGGUGACUGCUGCCACAAUAGCUGUCAACCCAGGCACAGCGUACAGGAUGCUGAAGGACUUUGUUCACGUAGGCUUCGGUGACACUGUUAUACAGAAUGGGGCAAACUCUGCUGUGGGUCAGGCAGUUAUUCAAAUUGCUGUAGCUAUUGGCGUCAACACCAUAAAUGUGGUGCGUAACCGACCUAACAUUGAGGAGCUGAAAGACUACUUGACGACCUUGGGAGCCACAGUGGUGGUGACUGAGGAGGAGCUGAGAAAGAGUGAAAAGGUGAAGGCACUUCCACCCCCACGCUUGGCACUAAACUGUGUGAGUGGCCGCAGCGGCACUGAUGUUCUCCGGCAGCUGGCACACGGAGGAGUGAUGGUGACGUACGGAGGCAUGUCCAGACAGCCAGUCAUUGGACCAGUUGGAUCGCUGAUCUUCCAUGACAUCACUCUUCGGGGAUUCUGGAUGACACGGUGGAACAAGCAACACUUCAAUGACCCACAGCGGCAGGAGAUGCUGGACCACCUUUUCCAGCUGGCCAAGAGUGGCAAGCUGAAACCUCCAGACCACACUCUUGUGCCUUUCUCUGAUUACAUUGUUGCUCUUCGUAAUGCUAUGCCCAAGCAAGGUAUGUUGGGGAAAAAGCAAAUACUCAAAUUUAAUAACAGUUAAAAAUAAGUGGUCAGUUAAUUAAUAAGUCAACCAGCAUACACAAAGGAUAUGUCUCAUUCCAUCUUGUUUCAUGAUGGCUGAUGCAGAGGACAACAGGGAUGGACAAUGAUGACUGAAGGGAUGGUCUUGUCUGAGCUCAAUUAGGACUGAGUGUAUAUACUGAAGUUGAUUAGUGUAUUCAUUGAGCAUCAUCUAUCCUUGUAUAUUUUAUCCAGUCCAAAUAAAAACUUAAGCACAGGUAA